AUGGUGGAUUUAAAACGUGUAAAAUGGUGUUUAAGACCAUCACCUUCAACAUUAUUCGAUUCCAUCUGUUUAUGGUUCAUAUUACCCGUUCUUCUCGUAGUGAUAACAGCUUCGAUAGCUUUAACGGUUUCAUUCAAGUUGCCAAAAGUAAAAUCUCAAAUAACUGCUAAGAGUGAAUUUAGUGAAGAACGUGCUCGAUUACAUUAUGUUAAUCUUACCGCUAAUGGUCCACGUGUAGCCAAUACGAAAAGUGAUUAUUUAGCACGAGAUUAUAUUUUAGAACAGUUAAAUAUAAUUGAUAAAAGACGUACAAAUAAACAAAUUCGUUUUGAAAUUGAUGUACAAGAAUUUCGUAUCAUGUUUGGAAUGUUAAAAAACUUUAUUGUCAGACUAUCAGAUAUAGACUUACCCAUACCAGUGAUUAAUGAAACAUCAAGUUUAUUAUUAUCGGCACAUUAUGAUUCGGUAGAAUUUAGUCCGGGAGCCAGUGAUGAUGGUUCUGGUAUAGUGAUUUUACUUGAAAUUCUUUCUAAUUUAGUUAACGAUGAAUCACUAGUUUUAAAAACACCAAUCAUAUUUAAUUUUAAUAAUGGCGAAGAAAUAGAUUUAUUAGGAGCCACUGCUUUUAUAUAUAAACAUCAAUGGGCACACAAUGUAAAACGUUUUAUUAAUUUAGAAUCAACUGGUGGUCCAGAAAAAGCUAUUUUAUUUCGUAUAAAACCUUCUCAAUUGAUUAAACAUUAUUCUAAUGUACCUUAUCCACAUGCAAAUGUAAUUGGAGACGAAGUUAUUAAAGCUUUGCCUGUUGAUACAGAUUAUACGAUUUAUAAUCAACAAAUAGCUGGAUUUGAUUUUGCAUUUUAUCUCGACGGAUAUACGUAUCAUACAAGUUUAGAUUCAGCGUCUCUUAUUGAACAAGGAGCAUUACAACAUUUGGGAGAAAAUACGUUAUCUCUCAUAAGACAUCUGCUGACUCACGAUGAUGGGACAGACGCUUUUGACGAAGAUGAAAACUAUAUUUUCUUUGAUUUUAUAGGCAAAAUAUUAGUCAAAUAUUCGUUUAAAACGUCGGUUAUCAUUCAAAGUAUACUUAUUAGUUAUGUAUUCGUAUUCAUUAUAACUAUCAUCACUAUUGAUCAUAUAAUGUUCACAAAAUAUCGUUGUAACGAUAAAAAGUCUGUCUAUUAUUAUUAUUCAACAGUUCGCAAAUCGUUAUGUCUGCGUAUAUUAUUCAUUUUAUUUUCAUUUGCUUCUUACAUAGCGUCACUUCUUGUUGGUAUCGGUUAUACGUUACUGAUUUCAUUAAUUGUAUCAAAAAUUCGUCCAUUUUUCUGGUAUGGUAAAUCAUCACUCGCCGUUGCCCUUUACUUUCUAACAUCUCUGUUAGGAAUGAUAUUUGUUCAAUACGAAUGUUAUCUACUGGUGCGAUUAUUAAGUAAACGGUAUGGACCAAAAAAUAAUUGGAAACAAUUUAGUUAUCACGCAUUUGAUGUCGAACGACAGUUUUCACUAUUAUUCGUAUGGUGUCUAUUCAUGAUUGUAUCAAUGAUAACAAAAAUUCGUUCAUUCUAUAUCGUUUUAGUUUGGUCAAUAUUUAUUUGUUUUAUUUAUACAGCAGUAAUUUUUAUCGAAAAGGUAUUACUUUGGUAUUCAACAGUAAAAUAUCAUGGUCAUACUAUUCAGAUUACACGAGAAGUUGAUCGACAAUCCAAAAAUUCUUGGAAAAGUAUGUUUACAGUUCAACGACGUCAUUGGUUACUCGUACCAUUUAUUGCAUCAUUUAUACCCUUAAUUCACUCUAUUGAACUCAUUAGUAGAUUAUUACGUUUGGCUAUACCGAUGAUGAGUCGAACAUCUGAAACGCCCAUACCACGAGAUUUGAUUGUAAGUGCAAUCAUUGCUCUUAUCAUAUGUAUUUGUACACUCACAUUUCUGCCCAUGAUGAAUCGAGCAGCAAAUUAUCUUAAAACAAUAAUAUUUAUAUUUAUUGCCUUUAUUAUUAUUUUUAUCAUUUCCUGUACGACAUAUUCGUUUACUACUAUGAAUCCAAAAUUAAUUAAAGUAAAACAUUCAUCACGAUCUAUGCACAUUUACAAUCCAAAAGAUUUAUUAAUUUCUUCGUCUACACCAGUUACUGUGCCAAAAUUCAACCAGACAAUGCGAGUUCGUGUAGUCAAUAAUGAUCAAGUACCAUUUUCGGGUAUACUUCAAAAAUUCACUUCAAAAAGCGGUCAAGAAUUGAAAAAUCUCAAUUGUACAUCGAACAGAUGCGAUUUUGAUGACUUCAAUCGAAUGCCUAGUAUCAUAUCUCUUCAAAUUAUAUCCUUAUCAGAUACUCUGUAUACAAUUCAAUUUAAUCAUGUAUCCACAUAUCAAGCGUCAGUGAAACUAAUUGGUAUUUCAAACUUUUCUCUUAAUAUAUUAGAUAAAAGUCCUUUUAUUCGUGAUUCAGAUUCCAUUUACAAAUAUGGAAUAGCGACUAAUCAAACAAUCGUUGAUGUCAAACUGUAUCAAUAUGAUAGCAAAGCUUCCAUCACUUUCACUCUUCAAACGUGCGAUAUGAACGAUUCACCAUUUUUGUCAUUAUUGCAACAGACUAUUCCUUAUGUAAAAGCAUUUGGAAAUGGAGAAUGUCAAUUAAUCACAGAUGCUGCCAUAUUAACUUUUACGGAUAGUUAA